GGCCCCGGUCUCGUCUUCCCUUUCCCAGUUUUCCGGGCGCAUACAGACACGCCGCACAAUUUAGUAUACUCACCCUGACACUGACCGGCAGCAACAGCUCACACUCCACUGACUGAUCCCACUCCCUCAAAAGCAAACCAACCCCCGACGACCACGAGCUCAACGGAUAUCGCUCCUCCCUCUCAUCUCCUCGAUCGAAGCGACGAUGGCGUCUGCUAGUAGCAAUCGCGUCCGGCUCGCAAUACCACUACUCCUCCUGCUCCUGCUCCGGCACGCGGCGACCGCGGCCUUGUCUGCUGCUCCCCGGACCACCUUCCCGGGCGACAAGGCCGCGCUGGCGUCGCUCAUGUCGGCCGUGGACGCGGCCACCAUCCCGUCCUACUCCUGCCUCGCGUCGUGGGACUUCGCCCGCGACCCCUGCGCCACUUUCCCCUGCGGCCUCCGCUGCUACGCGGCCCCCAACGACUCCUCCUACCUCCGCGUCGCGGGCAUCUCCCUCGACCCGGCCGGAUACUCCGGCACUCUCCCCGCGCCCGUGUUAGCAUCGCUCCCUUUCCUCGCAUUCCUCUCCCUCACGGGAAACAGAUUCCACGGCGCGCUGCCGGCGGGGUCGCCGCUGCCGCCCAGCCUCCGCGUCCUCGACCUCUCCGCCAACGCCUUCUCCGGCGCGAUACCGGCGUCCCUCUUCACCGCCCCGUCGGCGCUCCAGGAGCUAGACCUCUCCCGCAACGCCUUCACGGGCCGGAUACCGUCCCAGAUCGCGUCCUUGGGCGCGCUCACGCGGAUCGACCUGCAGCACAACGGCCUCACGGGCAGCCUCCCGUGGAUGGGGGACAUGCGCUCGCUCGCUCGCCUCGACGUGAGCGGCAACACGCUGUCGGGUUCCCUACUGGACGCGCUGCCCCGGCAGGUCGUGUCCGUCGUGGCACGGAACAGCGGCAUCUCCGGACCGCUGAAGGCCGCAGCGUUCGACGCUCUGCCGGCAAUGCAGGUGCUGGACCUCACGGGCAAUGCCGUCCCCGGCGCGGUGCCCGGCGCCGUGUUCCGGCACCCGGCGCUGCAGCAGCUGCGGCUCGGGUCCAACCAGCUCGGCUCGGUCGAGGAGCCGGCGUCCGGCGUCGGCGCGUCGAGCAGCCGGCUCGUCGAGCUGGACCUCAGCGGCAACAGGAUCGCCGGGCGGCUGCCCAGGUGUCUCGCGGCGAUGCCGAGGCUCGCGGUGGUGGGGCUUGACCGGAACCGCUUCACUGGAGGGAUACCGAACGAGUACGUCGUUCGGGUCGCGGACGAAGCCGCGGCCGACGACGGCCAAAGGGCGCCGUUUGCCAGGCUGAUGCUGCAAGGGAACUAUCUGUGCGGAGCGCUGCCGAGCCAGAUGAGGACGCUGAAGGAGGGUGGUGCCGUGGUGAGCUUGGCGGAUAAUUGCUUGCUCAGGUGUCCGCACAAGUUCUUCUUCUGCAAAGGGGCCCCGCAGAAGGACCAUGCCGCAUGUCCCAAGUGCGAAGCAUGAGAGAGCUUGCCCUUCUGUAGAUAACGCAUUCUAAUCUGUACCUAUGUUUUAUAAGUGCUUUCAGGAUCAUGGGAAAUAAAAUUAUAAAUUUAAUUGUCAAAUUUGUUUGCGGAAA